AUGGACUCGAGAAUAGCGAUGCGGCCGUCUCGGCCGCAAACCGUCAAAGAGCUGGUAGCUCAGGCCGAGAAUUUCGACUUCAAUAUAAAUAUUCCUUUUAAGCACUGGAUACGUGCAGCCGAAACGCUAUACCAAGAGGCUUCCUUUGCGGUUUCAGAUGGCGACUUUGGCCGAGCUUAUAUGAUGCUGUAUCGACAUUCCCUCCUCAUCCUCAAAUACCUUCCGUCACAUCCGAAGUUCAAAGAACCCGAGAACAAGAAGGCUUAUCUGGUCCUAUCGAAGCGCAUUCAGCGCGUGAUCCAAGAUCUUGAACAACUCAAACCCGAAAUCGAGAAUGCCGUCAAAGAGUGGGAACGAAUGGCACUUUCGCCAAAGACGACUGAUGAAACGCCAGCCCCUUCAUCCCGAUACGAACAAUUCGCAGCUCGCGAUCCAACUUUGAGCGGCAAUGCUCGGAUUUUGGAUGCUUCUGACCAUCAAGACUUGGCGGUUGAUCUUGCACAGAGGGAAUUGACACGGAGAGAUACAGCGAGGAGAGCGACGAGGCAUUCAGGGAUUACCGACGAGGAUAUCAUGUCGAGAAGGAGGGGAGGUAAAUGGGAUCAAUGGGAUGGCGUGCGAAUCGGAGACGAUGAGGAUCUACGGCGGCAGAUGGAGGCGACUAGGCAUGCCCUCGACUCGGCGCACGAGAGACGCAACGACGAUGAUUUCCGGCCGACGUCGCAUACUUACAACUACCCGUCUAUCUCGAGACCUCGACCAAUCGAGUACGAGAGAAGCACAACACCGACCGCCCCAUCAAUGCAGCCGAGCCGACCACCUAAGGAACCUGUCGCUCUGCCACCGAAAGAACCUCUACACUCGACUCUUUCACAACCGCAACCCCCAAGCCUUCCACAAAAGGUGCCUUUAUCAGGAUACGCACCUCUUAUACCAUCUCCAUCACCUCAAACUGCCAGUGAUCGACCCGAAGUCCCUCGCAAAGAGGCGCUCGGCCCAACUGGAGAAGCUGGGCCACCAGCAAUUCCCCAAAAAGAACGUCUCACAUUUAAGCCAGGCGCAUACCUUGAGAACGGCGACCCAAUACGAUCUCUCUUCCUCCCGAAAAACCUCCGGCAGAAAUUCCUGGACAUCGCUGCUGAUAACACACGCCGGGGACUUGAGAUGUGUGGUAUGCUGUGUGGAACGCCUAUCAACAAUGCGCUGUUUGUCAGGUGUCUCUUGAUCCCCGAUCAAAAGUGCACAUCGGAUACGUGUGAGACAGAGAAUGAAGAGGUCAUGUUUGACUACUGCAUGAAUGAAGAUUUGCUUCUUCUGGGGUGGAUCCAUACGCAUCCAACACAGACCUGUUUCAUGAGUUCUCGAGAUCUCCAUACUCAUGCUGGAUACCAGGUUAUGAUGCCUGAGAGCGUGGCUAUUGUUUGCGCACCAAAAUUCCAACCUUCGUAUGGAAUCUUUCGCCUGACUCAUCCGCCAGGCCUGGAUCACAUCCUGAACUGUAACCAUCAGGAUACAUUUCACCAGCACUCAAUCGACAAUAUCUAUCGUGGUGCGGGUCAACCUACGGGCCAUGUGUAUGAAAGUGAUAAGUUGGACUUUUAUGUACACGAUCUGCGAACCAAAUAA